UUCUCUUUCUCCCUCUUUCUCCCUCCCUUUCUCUUUCUCCCUCCCUCUUUCUCUUUCCCCUUCUUUCUCCCUUUCUCUUUCUCCUCUUUCUCUCUUCCUCCCUCCCUCUCUUUCUCCCUCCCUCCUUCUCUCUCUCUCUCUCUCACACACACACACACACCGGUUGAAUGGCUCAAUUCGGUUGCCCGACUUACUCCGGUUCGCGGAGUUCGCCGCCGACCCCCGGCUCCCGCAGCCUCUUUCCAAGCCCAGCCCGAUAAAAAGCCGCGAUCGCGCGUGGGCUCCGGCCGCGCUCGCCUGUUUCUCACCCCCGCCGGUGGGCGAGUGGAGCGAGUGAGCGGGAUUCCCCUCCUUCGCCAAAGCCAGCAGGUGAUGGGUUUGCAAUCCUCCUGGGAGACGCCUGGUUUUGAGCUGGCCUGUCCCACCCGAGAUCUGCCUAACACCGAAGAAGAAACCGUCCCGCGUUGAUCAAAACUGUCGUAUUGAUUCUGAUCUCCUUGCAAGAACAAAAGGACUUGGAUCGUAGAGAGAUUGGCAACGCCUCACCUUGAGAGAGAGAGAGAGAGAUGGCUGGAGACCCCACCCUACAGGAUCUGGUGACCUUUGAGGAGGUGGCGAUCUACUUUUCUGCCAAAGAGUGGGAGACUCUGACCGAUGGGCAGAAGAGCCUUUACCUGGAUGUCAUGAAGGACAAUUAUGAAGCCCUGGUGUCUCUAGGUCUCGCCGCGCAGCCCCCCAGCGUCCUCCUGCAGAUUGAAGGCUGGGAGAAACCCUGUGCGGGGAGAGCACAGUUCCCAAAAUCCAGAGGGGAGUCAAAGGACAAUUUUGGGGCAGGUGGCCAGCCGACCAUCAAACAGGAGCCUUCGCUGGAUGAAGGAGACACAGGACUGCCUUGCUGCCCGUCAGCCCGGAAGGGGACCCAGGAACACGGGUCCCUCUCUGAGCAGCCCUGGUGGCCGGGAGGCUCCUUCACGCCAGAUUCCACAGUAAAUGGAGCGGCUGUUCUGUCUCCCUGGGACGCGGGGUCCAAGUGGGUGAACUGCAGCCUGGUGGGUGAGCAGGCUCGGCCAGUGGAAUUUCAAGCCGCACCUCGAGGGGCUGAGGAAAGCAGUUUCUGGCCUCUGAGUGUGGCUGCCCCCCAGCCAGCCAGCCACGAGGAGAUGCUGUUGAUUUGCACCCAGUGCCAGAAAUGUUUUCCCGUCCAUUCUGUUCUCCCGACAGUGGUGCCCCAUGGAGCAUUGGGGCAGGUGUGCCCUGAAUGUGAGAACGGCUGUGUUAAGAGCCCCCUGACCACUGCUGAGUCCCCGAGCCAAACUGGGGUGUUGCCGUGCUCCUGUGCGCACUGCUCCAUGCCGGGCGUCCGGCCGAGGGGUGUCCUUAAGGAGGAGAGGCCCUACAAGUGCGGGAAGUGUGACAAGACCUUCCGAUAUGCUCACGAGUACAGCUGGCACCAGAAGGUGCACACUGGAGAAAAGACCUACCGGUGCAGCGAUUGUGCCAAAGUCUUCCGGCACAAGCAGGAGCUGAUGUGGCACCAACGCACCCACACGGCGGAAUGGCCCCACAAAUGUGGCACCUGUGAGAAGAACUUCCGCUUCAAGCAGGAGCUGACGUGGCACCUGAAGACCCACUCUGUGGAGCGCCCAUAUAAGUGCCCGGAAUGCGAGAAGAGCUUCCGCUACAAGCAGGAGUUCAUGUGGCACCAGCGGGCCCAUGUCGGCGACCGGCCGUACAAGUGUCCGGCGUGCGAGAAGAGCUUCCGUUUCAAGCAAGAGUUCACCUGGCACCAGAGGAGCCAUGCUGGAGAGAAGACCUACCGGUGUCCGGGCUGUGAGAAGAGCUUCCGCUACAAGCAGGAGUUCGUCUGGCACCAACGUAUCCACACCGGGGAGCAGCCGUACCCCUGCGCCUCCUGCAGCUCCACCUUCACCUGCCGGCAGGAGUACAUGCGCCAUCAGCGUCUGCACGACGGGGAGAAGCCCUACCAGUGUCCCCACUGCGAGAAGACCUUCCGCCGGGGCUCCACCCUCAUCCGGCACCGGCGCAUCCACAUGGGUGAGGGCCCCUUCAAAUGUCCGCACUGCCAGCGGGCUUUUGGCCAGAGUGCCAACCUCUUGAAGCACCAGCGCACGCACAGCCUGAAGAGCGAGAGGCUGGAGGUUGCCUCAGAGUGGCAGCCUUGUCUGCAGAGCUUGGGGAGCCCCAAGUUGCAGGACACCAUGCCCAGCGUGCUCAGCCUGAAGACAGUUUCAGGGAGCGCCCUGCUCCUGCUAAAUCUGCCAGACCCCAACCGCGGGAGAGAUCCGGGCACCAAGCCAGAUGCAUGGGAGCCACAGAUGUGACCUGACUCACGUGGUGGCAUUUUUGGGGCCGGGAUCUCUUCAACCUCAAGAGUUGAAUUGGGUCCACCAUGUGUCAGACCUGCCCCAGCUCAGGACCCUAGGAAAGGAAGACCCUGGACUCCGUUCCGUUGAAGCGUGAUAGAGUCUUUGACUAAGGCUACAGUGAGUGGUUGCAGAGAAAGCAAGGCUAGAUCUGAAGAUUCCUGUGCAAAAUGUUACAUUUCCUCCCCAUAUUUCUUGACUAGUCCAUCUCUAGGAGCCCUUUUUUCAGCCUUAACCCGUUGGGAUGAAAGAAACGUGAGACAUCUUGAUGGUGAGACAAUUUUGGACAAAGGUGAUCUAGAUUUUUGUAGCUGUUUUCCAAAGCCGUUAGCGGGCAGCGGGUAGAAGGACGACUAUUUUAUUGACAUUUCCAUGCAAUUAAAACGGGGUACAGAUUAAUUCAUUGCAGCCAAUACGUGACUGGAGAAUAAUUAUUUUUUUUCCUACUGUUACGAUUGCACUGAGUUUUGAGAGGCUGAAUAUGGGGGGGCACUAAGGUGAUGUUGGGCCUCUAAGUUCUUCCCCCUUUGGUUUAAAGGAACAAUUUCCCACCUUUUACAUCAGUCCUGCGACCAGAGAAUCGGGGAUAUUUAACAGAUUAACAGAGUGGGAAGGGACCUUUGCAGGUCAUCUAGUCCAACCCCCUGCCCAAGCGGGAAACCCUACAUCUGCCUUUACCUAGGUAGGAAAAAAAACCCAACCAUUUUCCCCAAGAAUACCAUUUACAUUAUCGUAUUUAUUUACAGAAAGCUUUUGUAAAAAAAUAAAUAAAUAAUAAAAGUUCCAAUGUUCCUACCCUGA